AUGAUCUGCACAAAAUUUAAAGGAAAGGCAAUGACGGAUUUCCAAACACGGGAUAUAAGAAGUUACGAACAAUUAAAAAGAGAGCUAGAAAAUGAAUAUUUAAGUAAACGAAACACUGCGCAUUUACAAAUCGAAUUUAACUCACUAAAACAAAAAAGUGGAGGAAGCGCACAAGACUUCGGACGCCGAGUAGAUAAACUGGCAAUGGAUCUGUACGAAUCAAUGGAAGAGGGCAAGGAGCACACUCAAGAACAACAACGAGCCAUUUUAGAAAGCAUUAGAGAACAAGCCCUCCAUAAUUAUCAAACCGGAUUGCACGAGGAUAUCAAGCUCCUCGUACGCGCACAGCGAUAUCCGACGCUAGCCGAAGCGAUAACCGGUGCAACGGCCGAGGAAAAAAUUAAAGGCCCAGGCAAUCGAAAUCCGAAUUUCUAUCCAAGGAAUAGAUUAGAGUCCCAAAAACAGAUCUCGUAUAGAAAACCGCAAUGCAAAAAAUGCGGGAAAACCGGGCACUACGGACAGGACUGCCGUAGUAGCCGAUAUACAAACCGCUUCUCAUUACCGAGACCGGACAAUCGCUCUCACAUAAAUACUUUCGAAAAAUAUUGCAAUCAUUGCAAGAAGAAGGGGCACACCCGCAAGGAAUGUUGGUGGCUAAACAAUUAA